CACUUCUGCGCAACUCUUGCCCAACGCAAGUUGCUGGUGGACAUUGUGAGAUAUUUAACUGAAAAGGACACGAAAUAAUAAAAUAACUUAUCGACAGACUGCAGCCUGUGAGCUCAGAAAAAGUGAAGGAAGCAGAAAUGCAAAGAAGUUACUUCUCAGCUUUACCGAUGAGGCACUUUUGAGAAGUCGAGCGCGCUUCCUGGUGUGGAUUUACGGAGAAGAAGAAGUGAAGUCAUUGACAAAGAUUAAACAUCGACCUGCAGACUGGAGGGCAUGGAUCAAGCACGACCACAGGACCCGCAACCCAGCAAGGGCUCCAUGUCGUGGCACAGAGAACACAGUGACGAGUCUGCAGAUAAGAGGCCCGCUGACAGCUCUGCAUCUUCCACUAAAGAUGAGAAGAGGCCAAUCAGAAGAGUGCGAAGUCCAUCCAGGCCGAGGGCAUGGAUGUCCAGUUCUUCCAAAUCCAAGGUUGCAGGGCCGUUCUACAAGCCUCGUUUUCCAAGAGAUGAUCAUCCAUUUUAUAAACCUGGCUUCAGCAGCCGUUACCAUUACUUCAAACACCGUUCUUACUUCAACCGGAGGGAUCAUUUCCAUCCUAAACUUCACCACCUUGCACUGAGGGAGAGGGAGCGAGAAAAGGAGCGAUAUGAGCAGAGGGAGAGGGACCGAGAGAAGGAGCGAUACGAGCCGAGAGAAGGAGCAGAAGGAAGUUCACCUCCAAAACCAAACACCACUACCAGACCUUUCUUAACCAGGCACACUCCCAGCAGAGACAAGGACAUGCAGUUCACCGCUUCCCAGAGUGGCAGGAACCAAAGCAGGGAGAGAGAUCACAGAGGGACCAAAAGCAAAGAAAGAGAGCGAAGCAGAGAUGGGGAGCUCCCUUCAACUACUAGCCAGACAGCGGCACGAGACAGAGCAAUCCAGCAAAAGAGGAGAGAGAUAGAUGAGGUGUACUAUCAGGAAUGUGAAAUGUUUGGCCUUGUGGUAAAGAUGCUGAUUGCAAAGGACCCAUCCCUAGAGCAAUCCAUCCAGUCCUCACUGCAGGAGAACCUCAGAGACAUCGGCAAACGCUGUGUGGAGGCAAUGGAGAAAUUUAUAGAGGAAUAUGACUCCAAGGAAGUGUCUCACUAAUCAGACACACUCUCCUGUCCAUCUAGCAUAGAUCCCUCUGGUUAAAUCUUUUCUCAAGUGAUUAAAUGCUGCUUUUGUGUUUGCCAGAAGAGGGAUUUAGCUUGUACAUCCUGCUGGCUGAAAGAAGUCUUUCUCUGUACUUGACCUUAUGCUGAGCUCUGAUCAACACUGGUGAAAUAUGAAAAGGAAACUGAUCUGAAUUUUUGAUACUGCUUAUAAUUUUGAUAAUGUGAUGAUGAUAAAGAAGCAAACUAGUUGUAUUGCUUUUAUUGUCCUUAAAGGGGGCCUGUUAUGCUCAUUUCGAACUUUGUACUUGUAUUUGUGGACUCCACUAGAGUAACUUUGCACCACCAAACAACUCCAUAUUUAUCUUAUACUGGUUCUUUAUGCAGCCCCUCAGUUCAGCCUAUGUCUCUGAACAAGCAGUCUUGGCUCCUGUCUCUUUAAGGCCCCCCUCCUGAUGACCUUACUCUGUUUUGAUUGGCCUGCUUCAGGCUGAAAACAGGAAAAACAGAACCUGAGCAAUCACAGGAGUCUGAAGCCAGUUUACCUAAUUUUUUGACAUUUUGUCAUAUUUAGUAUGAACCUUGUAAUGUUAUGUAUAUGACUGAAAAUAAGGAAAGGCAUAAUAGGUCCCCUUUAAGAUAUAUUUUCAUAUCUGACUGUGCUUAAUUUAUGAUCACUAAUUUUGUAUAC